UGCGGCCCACCCUCCGGUUGCUAAGGCGAAACUGCUGUUGCUGCUGCUGCUGAAGCUGCUGCACUCGCCGUAGCUCCAGAGUCUCACAGCAGCCUGCACAGGGAUAGAUGAUGCCCUGCAGCCACAGACAGACAGCAGUGUGAGGGGACUCGGCUGAAGUGAAUCUCAGUCAGCGGACGUUUUCAGAGUGGUUUGUUUGUGAGAACUGCUCGGAAUGACUUGAAUUGAGGAGCGUUUUUGGAGAGCAGAGGGCCACGCGUCUUCACUCCGCUAGAGCAUCAACUUGCAGGUGUUUUCCGACAGGCGUCGCACCGACAAGCUCGCUGAAUUAGCCAGGAACAGCAAAAAUGCGUGAAUAAUUCAGCUUUUGGGAUACAGAUUUAGGCUUUAAGCUCUUUUUACUCCUCGCUCGAUGCAGUACUUUGGGUGUUUUAACUUGGGAACCCACUGUUUUUGUCCUGUGUUAGCUAUAAUGCUUAACUAUACUGCUGUUAUCUGACAUUAUCUGAAAUUAGCCUGCUCUCUACAUCUCUCUAUACAUAAACACUCAGAAUGAAGGCUAUAGUGAAUUUGGAGUGUCCACAGAGGCUGUGAGUAAAGUCUACUCUGAUACAUUUCUUUAAAAAAUACAGGGUUGGCUUCUUUUCUUUGAUCACAAAAAAUAUUUUGUUAUUGCUGCUUGUUAAUAGUUUAUAUUGGGGCUGCAACUGAUGAUUAUUUUGGUACUGGACUAUUUUGGUACUGGACUAUUCUAUUCUACUAGUCGAUUAGUCAACGAUUAUUUCUGCCAUGUUCUCCACCUCUAAGAACAAUGGAAACAGCUGGAUAUGAUUUAAAAUACAUUUAAAUGUUUAGAUAUUUAGUGAGUAAAUAUGUAAUCUGUUGUGUUUGGAUACUUUUGGAGUUGAGUAUAAACUGUGUGAGUCAGACAUUUACCCAUCUCCCAUUGCCUUUCUGUCCCUAGCAGUUUGUGUAAUGCAGGACUGUUACAAAUGAACAAUUAGUCAACAAUGAAAUUUAUAGUCGACAAAUUUAAUUAAUCGACAUUGUCGCUCAUAUCGACUAAUCGUUGCAGCCCUAGUUUGGAUUAGCCAGCUAAAUAAAUAACUAACCUAUAUAGCUAGCUACUAUAAGCCAUGUGGCCAAUGGUUUAUGCCUUUACAUUUUUCAGUUAAUUAUAGUUUGCUGUUUAUUAGCUAGUUAGCUAACCUAGCUAACUAAAUAACCUAGUUAGAUAGAGCUGGGUUAUUUAGUAGAUCAGCAAUUUGUAGUAGUCAAACACCUAGACAAACAAAGUCAGCUGUUAUUGCUGUUUAUUAAUUAUUUGGGGUUAUUGUAGCCAGCUUACUAACUAAAAAGGUCUUGACAUUCAGUAGUAGUUAGUUAAUUGUUUGCAGAAUAUUAGUUAGCUAGCUAACUAGUUAACUUAGCUUGGUUAUUUUUCAAAUUUAGCAAAUUGUGUAGUUAAACUAGACAAACAAAUAGACAAAUAUUAGUUAGCUAGCUAGUAUAUGAAAUUUACUUUGCUGACCAACAAGAAACUUGUGUGCUUUAACUAGCUUUAUAUAGCUAAAAUAGUAUAUUUAUAUAUUUUUACCAUGUAGAAACAUAGCCCUGUAUGUCACGUUGUUUCAGAUAUCUGUUAUAGUAAUCUUCUUAUGUAGCUAAUCAACUAGAAGUCUUUAGUAAACUUUACAUUUUAAACUUUACAUUAAAAAGAACUCAAUAAGAGGUACAGAAAAAAUACUAUUUCUAUUAGUUAUUACAGAUCAUUUUCAUAAAUCCAUUUUCUAAUCCCAAAAUAAUGUCAUGCAAAUAAGUACAAUAAUAUCAGUAAAUAAUAAAGGAUAUUAUUGUCAUUUUAGGACCCUUUAAUGAAUCUGCUAAUAAUAACAUAAUAAUAACAAUGCUAUUCCACUCUUUAAAAGUUCAAAGAACUUUGGAUUUGCAUUUCAUUAAUAAUAUUCAGACAUUUGAAUGAAAUUGGAAUUAGGAUAUAAAAUGCUUAAAUAUACAAAAUAGCAAAACACAGGCUUAUUCACACUGAAAGCUGCGAUAUUGCAAUGUGCAGUAUUGAGGUCAGCAAAGGUUAUGUUCAUGUAUUAUACUAAAGUUGUCAGUUAAAAUGUCUUAAAUCAAAUAAAACAUGUAGAAAAAAUGACUCCAACAUGUCCUGAUCUCCCUGCACUUGGAGUUAGUGUUUAGCUAAUGUUGCUUUCAAUUGUGACUACUUUCCAUUUUAAAUGUCUUUUCAUUAUGUGCUAUAAUGCAUGUAUGACCGAGGAGGUGUUGGACUCUUGUCUGCCUUAAAAAUUACAGACAUUUUGCGAAGCAAAGAAAAACCAGAGGCCUUGUGGAUGUUUGUUGGAGAUUAUGAAAGAAUGAAAGAGUACUGUUUAAAAGCUGAAGUGCUAUAAACAAAAUACAACACAAAAAAAAAAAACAGCAAAUUAAACAAAGGAACGAGCACUUUGCCCAACACGUGGUGAAAGCUGGCAGUGUGACACUCUACUAUGCCUUUACCAAGUCCACCCCAGUUGCGGGUUGGAAACACAAUGGUCUGUUUUCCUUAAUCAAGUAUGCUUCACUUUCACACACUGACUCACACACAUGCAAGCACACACACACACACACACACAGGUGGAUCGUCCUGCAUAUCGGAUUAUGAGUUCCUUUUGCUCAAAGCUGAUACUCAGCAGUCAUGUGGAGCCCUUGUCUGAGCCACCUGAGGUUGCUUUUCUAAGCCUCGUCCACUGCUGUUAUGACGGCUCCUCUGCUUUGGCCCCUUGGAUUUUGAUGCUGCAAGCUGGCGCUGGAGAGCUAAAUGGCCAGUAAGACACGGAUUUAGCAGUUUUACAGGACAUUUUUUUCCUCCCGGAGAAUCUUAGAUGAAGCGGGAUUGUUUGCGUGUUGGCAGUCCCACACGGAUUUAGAGAAGCAAGAAUGCCUUUAAGAAAAAGAGAUACGACCCGAGCUUUAGGGUUGCUGGAAGACUACUGCUCCAAGCUGAAGAAGCCAGAGGAACAGCAGCUGAAAUCUGCUAUUCAGCGAGUGGUGGGCAUCUUCAGGAGCAGCCUCUUUCAGGCUCUUAUAGAUAUCCAGGAGUUUUAUGAGGUGACCCUGUUGAACACACAAAAGAGCUGUGAGCAAAAGCUGGAGGAGGUAAACCACAUGGCCGAGCAGUGGGAGCACUCGACCACUGACUCUCCGACCACGCACCCGCAGCCAGCAUGCGCACAGCCAGAGGUGAUGGAGAAGAGCCAUGUGGAGCUGAGUGUGGAGGAGUCGGCAGCCGACAGCAGCACAAAUGCAGAGAACAGGCCGCCGGCGGUUCAGGGUAACCAACAGCAGCCACCCCAUUCUCCGGCCUGUAUGAACCCCAACCCCGCCCUGAUGAACUCGCCCUGGUACCGCUAUCAGGAUGACGAGUCUCCGCCUCCUGAGCACAGCUUCCCGCGGCUGACCAAUGAGGUGCGAGCGCCCGAGCUGGUGCACGUGUCAGAGAAGAACCUGUCGGAGAUCGAGAAUGUGCAUGGCUACGUCUCCCAUUCACACAUCUCACCACUCAAGCCUGCGUUGGUUACCCGGUUUGAUCUAACAUACCCGGGGGUGACCGCUGCAAACUACCUGGCAAGCCCUGCACCAAUUAUAGUCAACACGGACACUUUGGAGUCGGUACCUUACGUUAACGGGACAGAAAUUGAAUAUGAAUUUGAAGAAAUCACCCUAGAGCGGGGUAACUCAGGUUUGGGCUUCAGUAUAGCAGGCGGGACAGAUAACCCUCACAUUGGGGACGACCCCGGAAUCUUCAUCACCAAAAUCAUCCCUGGUGGAGCAGCAGCUGAGGACGGCAGACUUCGGGUGAAUGACUGUAUCCUGCGUGUGAAUGAAGUAGACGUGUCCGAGGUUUCCCACAGCAGGGCGGUGGAGGCGCUGAAGGUUGCUGGCUCCAUUGUUAGGCUGUAUGUACGCAGAAGAAGACCCAUGCUGGAGACCGUGGUGGAGAUCAAACUCGUCAAAGGACCAAAAGGGCUGGGGUUCAGUAUCGCAGGCGGAGUGGGGAACCAACACAUCCCAGGUGAUAACAGCAUCUAUGUCACCAAAAUCAUUGAUGGUGGAGCGGCGCAGAAGGAUGGCAGGUUACAGGUUGGCGACAGACUCCUGAUGGUAAAUAACUACACCCUGGAGGAGGUCACCCACGAGGAGGCCGUAGCCAUACUGAAGAACACGGCAGACGUUGUGUAUUUGAAGGUGGGGAAGCCCACUAGUGUUUACCUUUCCGAUCCCUAUGGGCCUCCCGAUAUUACCCACUCGUUUUCCCCUGCUAUGGAUAAUCAUAUCUCUUCUGCUGGUAAUAAUGGGACUCUGGAGUAUAAGUCCAGUCUUCCCCCCAUCUCCCCCAGCCGCUAUUCGCCCCUGCCGCGCCACCUGCUAGGGGAGGAGGACAUUAACAGGUUGGAUGGCUUUUCAUUCUUACGAAAUCCCUCCUUAGAUGACGGGGAGGGCCACAGGUUUGAUUCCCAGCACUUCCAGUUGAGGCCUCCAGAGCCCGUUUACAGCACUGUGAAUAAACUGUGUGAUCGCGCCCCCUCUCCCCGUCACUACUCCCCCGUGGAGUUCGAUAAAAGCCCAAUGCACUCCAUCCCUUUCCCUCACUACCACAUAGGUCUGCUCCCUGACUCCGACAUCACCAGGGAACCCAGGAAGAUCGUGCUGCACAAAGGCUCCACCGGCCUGGGCUUCAACAUCGUGGGCGGCGAGGAUGGCGAGGGGAUCUUUGUGUCCUUCAUCCUGGCUGGGGGUCCGGCAGAUCUCAGCGGAGAGCUACGGAGAGGAGAUCAGAUCCUGUCUGUUAAUGGCAUUGAUCUGCGAGGGGCCACUCACGAGCAGGCUGCAGCCGCGCUUAAGGGGGCGGGACAGACGGUCACCAUCAUCGCCCAGUACCGACCUGAGGAGCUUGCGUUGUGCUCUCCGCGCCGGGCCCCGCCUCCAGCCGCAGAGUACGGACGCUUCGAGGCCAAAAUUCAUGACCUGAGAGAGCAGAUGAUGAACCACAGCAUGAGCUCUGGAUCAGGAUCCCUGCGAACCAAUCAGAAACGCUCCCUUUAUGUGAGGGCACUGUUUGACUAUGAGCGGGCGAAGGACAGCGGUUUGCCCAGCCAGGGUCUCAGCUUCCGUUACGGAGACAUCCUGCAUGUCAUUAAUGCUUCUGAUGACGAGUGGUGGCAGGCGAGGAGAGUCACUCCAGAUGGAGAUAGUGAGGAGAUGGGUGUCAUCCCCAGCAAGAGAAGGGUGGAGAGGAAAGAGCGAGCUCGCCUAAAGACAGUCAAAUUCAACGCAAAGCCUGGCAGUAUCGACUCUAAAGGGUCAUUCAGUGACAAACGUAGAAAGAACUUCAUCUUUUCACGAAAGUUCCCUUUCUACAAGAACAAGGAGCUGGACGAGCAAGAUGGCAGCGACUCGGAACGGAGUCAAGAGGAUCUGAUCCUGUCUUACGAGCCUGUGAUUCGGCAAGAGAUUAGCUACGCCAGACCUGUUAUUAUUCUGGGGCCCAUGAAGGACAGGAUCAAUGAUGACCUCAUCUCUGAAUUCCCCGAUAAGUUCGGCUCAUGUGUGCCACCGGAUAACAGUUCAGGGCAAACCGAUACCACAAGAGCAAAGCGGGACUACGAAGUGGACGGGCGAGAUUAUCACUUUGUAACCUCGCGAGAGCAGAUGGAGAAGGACAUCCAAGAGCACAAGUUCAUCGAGGCCGGACAGUACAACGACAACCUGUACGGAACCAGCGUCCAGUCAGUCAAAUACGUGGCUGAAAGGGGGAAGCACUGCAUACUUGACGUAUCUGGAAACGCCAUAAAACGACUACAAGUAGCACAACUCUACCCUAUUGCCAUCUUUAUAAAGCCUAGAUCCAUUGAAUCUUUAAUGGAGAUGAACAAGAGGUUGACGGAGGAGCAGGCCAAGAAGACGUUCGACCGUGCCAUGAAGCUGGAGCAGGAGUUCGGGGAGUACUUCACAGCGUUGGUGCAAGCAGACACAUUGGAGGACAUUUACACUCAAUGUAAGAUGGUGAUAGAGGAGCAGUCUGGACCUUAUAUCUGGAUUCCCUCCAAAGAGAAGCUAUAAGGAAUAUACUGCCCUGCCAGGGACCUUGGACUGCAAGAAAAAAAAACAACAAAAAAGAACAAAAAAAACAACAACAAAAAUACAACAAAAACAACACAUAGGCAUAAUUUGUAACAUAUGAUAAAUUAUUAUGGUAAUGUUUAUUGUUGAUAAUUAUAGUGAAGACUCUUUUAUUUUUUCGUUUUGUUUUAUUGUUUGUUUGUUUAUGUCUGUUUUGUUUUUCACUUUCAAUAUGAAUGUUCCUGAAUGUACACCACAAAGUGUUGGAAACAUUUUUGGCCUCGAUAAAAAGGACUGUUUGUAUAUUUAUUGGUUUAGUAGUUUUACGAAUCGAGAAAAUAAUCCAUCCAGCGCGUUGAGGAACUUCAGCUUGUUUCCGUUCGCGGCUCAUUUUCGGCUGGAAUUUUCCGACAGGGAAGGACGGAGCGCGCAGGUCAGGACACCGCAAGAUGGAGGAGUUUUACACCGCCGCAGCCUCCCAGAGGAAAUCGUCCUAACGAUAUCAGCUUGCCCUGCCCCUGCAGGUCUGCGUUUCCCUCCCUCCCUCUCUCUCUCUCUCUCUCUUUCGCUCUCUCUUUUUCACUCCACAGCGCUCCACAUCUCACCCGCUCUGGGAUCUAUGCACUUCCCCUCGUCACACUCCAUCUCUCUCCUAUUAUUCAGACAUUGCUUUCGUAUUUAUUAUUUUUUUCCCCCUCAUCACCAUUUCCCCGCGCCAUUCGAGCGUCUCCUUAAAGAUUUCUAGUUUGAAAUUGUUAAACUGUACAUGUAGCUACGUUUCUAAAACAGAACUUUCAGAACAAGUCAACAGAUGCUUUAAUUAGUGUAAACUGUAAAAGGGAUACAACUGGGUAUAGGAAAUAUGACACUAUAUUUUGCUAUUUAUAUUGAUAGAGGGCACAACAGCACAGAAAUAUUUAUAAAGAUAAUGUAUAACUUUGUUUAAAAAAAACUACUUUUGGAAAAAAAAAACUGAUUUUACUGCUGUAAGAUAUAGUCUUGUGGUAGAUGUAGUACCGGCGCACCGGUGGGGAUGUUGUGUUUCCUGUGGCCCCUGGUUUUCAGCAAGGGAAUGCCUGUGUCUGAUCUGUGUGUUUUUGAGUGAAUGAAUGAAUGUGUGUUUCAGUGUGAGUGUGUGUGCGCGUGUGGUAGGGAAUGCAGUGUGGUGACCAAUACAUUUUUCUGUAAUCUGACAUCUGAGCCAGAUUUAUAGUGUCUAGACUGAACCCAGUUCUCAAAGCGAAUUCUUAUACAGGGUUGAUUGGAGUUGAAUCCAGAUCAAAGAUGCCCAAAUACUUUGUCUUCAGAAGGGAAAAGGCCAAAAAGACAAAACAAUACACAAUAUACUUAGAAAAGUAUAUUCUAAACUACAUUUAAAAGUAAAAAAUAUCUUACAUUACACUACAUCUUGAUGCUUUUUUUAUGUACAUUUUAAAUGCAUUAUACAAAGAAAAUCAGUAAAUUAAACUUACCAAAUCCUUAAAAAUGGUUCUUCCAGGGUUCUUUGGUAAAUACAGUGCUUAUUUUAAUGCUAUUUAGUUCUAAACCAUUAUGUUUCUGGUUAUAAUUUUUUAUUUUUUCCUUUACAGAUAAGGAAACAUUCAUGUUGGUUCUUUAAGCCAUUUUGGGCAGCCUUGAUCUAGAUCCCCCCCCAAAUCAUUACUGCCUUCCUUCCCAACAGGAUAAGAACCCCCAUACAGAAUGCUGUUACUGUUAUAUAAUAAUAAAUCAAAUUUAAAUUAGAAUUUAAUGUAACGCACCAACUUUUGGAAUUUAGUUUAAUUAAGUGUCAUCAAAUACUGGGCCCAAAGCCACUCAAAAAUGUGUAACCGCCUUCUAACACAAGUAGACCCCUCACAUUUUUGUAAAUAUUUUAUUAUAUCUUUUCAUGGGGCAACACUGAUGAUACAACAGUUUGAUACAGUGUAAAGUAGUCAGUGUUCAGCUACAAUAUAACAGUGUAAACUUGCUGUGCCCUUAAAAUAAUUCAACAUACAGCUGUUGACGUUUACAUAAAUGUAAGAGGUGAGUUCACUUUUGUGAGAAACUGUUAAAAUGCUAAAAAAUAAAGGAGCUUUAAAUGGUUCCUUGAGCGAUGCCAUAGAAGAACCACAUUUUUUAAUCUUUAAAUGGGUGAAGAACCAUCCUUUACAUCAACUUUAAAAUUAGAAAUGAGUCUCUUUAGUCUCCUAAAAAAAUUCUACACACUCACAUCUUCUUUAAAAACACCUAAAGUGGUUCUUCUUUAAUGGAAUCAAUCAAAGAACCAUUUGUAUUACACUUACAUUUUAAAAAGUGUGCAGAAAUGAGAUAAGAUCUAAAUCUAAGCAGGCUGAGGUCAUGAAGCUGGCCCGUUACGCUGCUUACAAGGUUUUUUGUUUUUGUUUUUGGUUUUUUUCCCUGACAUACUUACACACAUGCACACACACACAAACCUGUUUACAAUGCAUGCAUGCACUGCAUAAAUCUCUGCGAACUGAAUCAUGCUGUGUAAGUAGCUUGCUUCCCCAUACAUACGCCCUGUAUUUUUUUUUAUCUACACGCAAUGAAGACAUGAGUACAUUCCCACAGCUGACGUUUAUAAGAACUGCGAAAGCACUAAUUCCAGGAAACUGUAGUACUGAGUUCAUUGUGAGAGAAGUGUGUGUGGGGCAAGAGGCCUGCUGACGUAUUGGUCACCACCACUUGCCUUAAAAAAAAAGAAACAAGUGUGUUUUUUUAACGCUCUGUCUUCCCACUUUUGUGGAUGUCAUCUUCUCGGUGGAUGACUGAGGACGUGAGGAUGGUGAGAGAAUGCUAUUGUGUAACGUUAUUAUCCUCGGAAGACAAAGAUCCGUAAGCAUGGCAUACACUGGAAAAUGGGAUGCAAUGAAUUUCUGUGCUUUUUCCACAUGAAUAAAAUAUAUCGACACAA